ACUCCUGUUUCAUUCCUGUGAAGGCCACAAGGAUGUCUUGACUUUCAAUUACGAUGCGUUCGAUGAAAUUUCUGCCGCUGUUCCAGUGACAUUUAAAUUGGUCCUGAAUCUCGUUCCGAAGCCUGAAGAAUUAAUAGAUGACCGCGCCAAUCAGGGGAAUAUCUUCAUAGAGAAUGCCAAAGAUGUUCGAACUAAAGAUAAUCAAAGUUCACCUCUGAGCAAUUGCAUUGAAUCGGUGAAUAUCAUUGAAUCUCGAAAUGCCUCAAUCGAAGCAAUUCGUUUGUCUGAUUCCCUUGAAGAUAUUCGCCAUAUACCAAACCGAUCAAAUCUACUCGCAACGAGCCAAGAGCUGGAGGAAAUUACUCGUGAGCUUGCUCAAAACCGAAGUCAGACUUUUAAUGAGUAUUUCAUGGAUCCCUUUGGCACGCUCACAUGUGAACAGCAGUGGAGUUUACAAACUCCCAAGAAGCGGAAAGCUCCAAAACGACCACCACCACCUGAUCCUCAGCGCGUAAAAACUCUUAGAGGGUCGAGUGAAAUGAAUUGGAAUACAAAUUGUGGUACAUCAGAUAGAUGUAGCAUAGAUUCUGGCACUAGUCUUCAUUCCGACUCAUCUGAUUUGUCUGAAAGAAGUUUCAAGAGAUUGGCAAUGCCUGCUUUAAAAAAGUUGAAGAAAAGAAUAAAAAAUGUCGUUGAUAUGAAAGGCCACAAGAAGGCAUCAAAGCAGUCAAAAUCACUGGUGGAUGCUGAACUAAUGCCGCCACCAAAUGCGACUACAGUUCCUCUAUCAAAGGUCGCUGCAAAGUCCGUCGUUUUUCUGAACGCCACACCAACAAAAAUUCCUCCACCAAGACCAGCACCACCUAAACUUACUGAAAAUAUGGAGGUAGUUGACGAGGUAAGAGGGCGACAAGGCAAAACUCCUUCAGGGGUGCGAAGUGUCCCCACAAAGUACUUUGGACCGCAAGAGAAAUAUCAGAAAUUAGCUGAGAAGGACUUCAGUGGCUGUAGGUUGCUAAUUGCUUUAUCCUCCAUUCCAAUUACCAUUUUGUCUAAAACAUAUUUUACUCAUAAAAAUAAUUGGGUUUGA